UACGGCGGAAGUGGAAUCUGGCCGCCGCUCUUCCUCGACACGCAUCAGCCGGUCAUUCAAGCAGCUCUGUCCCGGACUCUCAGGGGUCGAUGGUCAUACAUUGAGUGCAGCGCUCUCUUAUCCGCACGGUUUAUGAUUGUGGCUUUGCUGCACCGGCUGAAGAAGCUUCCACGCGCUGUGCACGGGUGGAGCGUGAUGAUGAAGCCGCAGGUCGUGUUUGUUUUGGGCGGGCCUGGCGCGGGGAAAGGGACACAAUGCGCGAGAAUCGUGGCGAACUACAGCUACACUCACCUGUCUGCCGGAGACCUGCUGAGAGCGGAGCGCAGCCGCAGCGGCUCUGAGUUUGGUCAGCUCAUUGACUCCUACAUCAAAGAGGGCAAGAUAGUUCCUGUUGAAAUCACCAUCAACUUGCUGAAAAAGGCAAUGGAAGAGACCAUGAAAGCCGAUGAAAAGAAGUUCCGCUUUCUUAUCGAUGGUUUCCCACGUAACCAAGACAACCUGCAGGGAUGGAACACUGUCAUGGACGGGAAGGCAGAUGUCAAGUUUGUUCUUUUCUUUGACUGCGGUAAUGAGGUGUGCAUUGACAGAUGUUUAGAGCGGGGCAAGAGCAGCGGACGCACUGAUGAUAACAGAGAAAGUCUAGAGAAAAGGAUCCAGACGUACCUCCAGUCCACACGACCCAUUAUAGUACAGUACGAGAAGCAGGGGAAGGUGUGCACGAUUGAUGCCUCCCGAUCAGUGGAUGAGGUGUUUGCGGAUGUGAAGAACAUUCUGGAUAAAGAAAGCUAAACAUCCACAGCAAAAAAAAAAACGAAUUCUGGGAAAUGAAGGUGUCUGUUUGUUGUCGGCAGUGCUAUGCCUUCAUGUAUCGAUAUCUACAUUUUUACUCAUUCAACAGUAAAAUAGGGUUUUAGUCGUGAGAGAGAGUGUGCUCAUAUCUAUGUUUGUAAGUCUGAAAGCAAAACACUUGUUGAGCAAACGAUCCACGCUUGCUCAAUAUUACAAUGAAGAGGAACAAUGUUUCAGUAGAGAAUCAAGCCAGUUUGAGCAAUAAUGUUCAGGGCACUUCUAUAGGAACAGAACAUGCACGCUUCUGCUCUUAACUUCAAGAUAGUCUUCUGUGUCAAACAUGUGAGAGAUGUUACGAAACAUCCACCAUCCAGUGUAUAAAACAAAUAAGCCAAGAGUAG